AUGUUUCCACUCAAAAGUCUCUCGUUACUUUCCAGUUUAAUAGCUCUAACGGCUGGUGCAGCUGUUAAAGCUCCUGCCGCAGCACCAUGGACAUACUACGCUUCCCAACCUGUUUUCUCAAGAGCUCUAGGACCACCACCACUACCAGCAGCAAUGGACACCAUAACAGUGCCAUACAUGCCAAAGUCUCCGCUUUUCCCGAAACUCGUUGACCCGAAAGCGAUGGUCUCGAAGAAGACAGAUAUGUUGAGCAACCUGUUUGGUGGUAUGGGACCUGCCUACCCUAUGGGGCCAGCUUAUCCAAUGGGACCCCCCGGUUAUCCAAUGGGACCUUUCAAGCCGUUCAUACCGUAUGCUAUGGGUGGGCCAACUUUAUACAGUACCGCCUCAGGGACAUCCCCAAACAGUUUGGACAAAAGUAAAAUGGAAGACGGUAGCGUCGCAUACAAGCGUGGAAUAUUCGGGCCCUUCGGUUCCGGAUCUGUCGGCCCAAUGGGUCCCAAGUUCGGUCCAAUGGGUCCCAUGUCUCAGUACUCAGAUAUGAACGCCAUGCCCGAUUACAGCGGCGACUAUUCCCGCAAACGACGAAGCACAGACGAAUCCUCGUUGACGAAGCUUCGCGCAAUUAUGGGUGACGGCAAGCCAGAAACUAAGGACCUGGGACCACCGCCACCGUAUCCCACCCUUGCUCCGAUUUCGGAAGAACCGGAGGACGAGUUCAAUCUGCUGCUCCAGAAAGUGGCUAGCUCCACUGCCCCGAAAGAGUAUCUACCGGGUAUGUUUGGUCCGUUCGGACCGUUCAGCCCAUUCUCGCCGAUGAUGGACCCGUCCAUGUUCAUAGCCAAGAAAUCCGCGUUCUUGGACACUCUGUUCAAGAAUCUCGCUACCAGCACACCGGCCCCGGAAACGGCCGCGCUGACUGAAGCACCGACAACGAAAAGCACCAUCGUGCCGCCAGACUUCUGGUUUCCAACGUCGAUGGUACCCACGCCGGCAGACUACAGCAGCAAGGUGGAAGACUUUCUGGACAAGUUGUUCGAGAGUCUGAAGCUGAACAAAACCGCCGUCGAUACUGACAGUAUGAAAAGCGACUUCGCGAGAUCCAUCAAAACCGACGACGAGGGUGGCGCGAAAAUUGCGAGAUCCAUCGACGAUCUGUCGUCGAUCAACGCGGCCAAGGACGCUGUCGUCGACAGUAUACUGUCCGAAUUAGGUGAUUUGAAGAGCAACAUGGUGACAACGAUGAACGAUUUGGUUGCGUACGAGAAAUCGACAGCUCCGAUCUCCUCGGCGAAGAAGCCGUUCAAGCCGUUUACACCGGGUAUGUGGCCGAAGCCGACGGUCGACGGGACGCUUCCUUUCCAACAGAAAAUAACAGUACUCAGCCAAGUGUUCGACAUGUUGUUGGACCUGCAGAAGAACAUCACGUUGGCGGUUCAGGGCGCAAUAAACGCUAAAAUGGCUGCCAGCAGCAGUGUCUCUGGGCCAGUAAUUAAUUCAAAUUAUCCAAUGUAUGCUACUGAUUAUGCAACGCCCGCUAGCAUGAAUCUUCUAGACGCUCUCAAGAGUAAAUUGAGUACGCUCGACUACGAGUCGCCCAAUCCUUACGCGGCGAAGAUCGCUCGAUCGUUGCAGAGGGCACCGGGGUCGUUUUGGGUGUCUUCUCCGGAACAGAAACGAGAUGUCAACGGCCAGUUUUCGAACGAAGAUAGUAGUUCCGGUCACAAGCAAGAAGCACGUGGAGUCAAGAUGCAAAUGCACCAAGGGUAUCAGAGUCUGCCGGCUGGUUCCGUGGAGUCCGUAGAGGCGGGUGGAGGAUCUACACCUGAACACCAAGGCGGAGGAAUUAAAUUACUUAUACAAAUGCCUGUACUGCCUAAUACGCAAGAGAACAGCAAUUACGAGGAUCCCAAUAGAUGGACGAACUGGAUGGAAUACAUGAGAAACAACUACCCUGGACACAGGCAUCACAAUCACCACUAG